CCCACGAACAGACACAUCAUCCCCAUCCUCUCGUCUCAGGCACGCACAGGCACACGCUGAGACGCAUCCUCUGAUUCCCCAUCCUCUCAGCUAGGUUCUCCGGAUGUAGCCGCCGUGCACAGGGAGCACCACCGUCCACCGGAGCUUGUCGCCCGCUGUCUCGCGGAGCAACCGCCGGAGACGCCCGCGCGGCCGCGCCCCGCGGGAUCUCGCCUAGCCCUCGCCGCCUCGCCCCUGCCAGGCUCCCUCACGCCGUCGCCCGGUCGCGCCGCCCACUCGCCCAGGCGCCCACGACCCACUAUCUCGUGGUUCGUGAAGCUACCGCCUCGCCCCUGGCCGCGGCGACGCCCGCCGGAAUCUUGCGGCUGUUCUCCUCCAACUCCAAUCCCCGGCUGUUCUGCUCCAACCCCCUGCCGCAUCACUGCAUCAGUGCAUCCCACUUCACAGUUCACACCGCACCAACCAGCAGGGCAACAGGGGAAGGUAAUAAUAUUCCCCCAAAUUCCUAAUUUAAAAGGCAAAGCAAUAGUCUGAUUCUGGUCAGUUCCAUACAUCGAGUGAUCAAGUCUACUACUGCUAGUGCUAGUGAUAACUAAUAGACUGAUCUUGUGCGAAUUAAACAGAGGCAGCAGGCAGGCAGAGGUAGUCAUGGGCAAGGAAAAUCGGACUCAGAAAAGAAUUGAUUUGGUGUUUAAAAGGAAAAGAGAUGAUACAAUUGAAGUUGAGGAAGACCAAGUAUUGCCCUUGCUUGAAUUGGAACAGCAACAACCUGAACAACAACAUAACCAAGAUGGAGGAGUUCGAACAAAUGAAGUUGUUACAUUUCGGGGUAUUGAGUUCUUGCAGCGGGAUCCUGGAUUGCGCCCUCAAAUUUGGCAAUAUCCACCAGACCAAAGAGAUAUCGUCAGGAGAGCAUAUUUGAUGUUAGGUCCUAUGCAACCCCGUCUAGAGAACUAUAAACCUUCUGGUGAACUAGGGCAUCAACGCCGCUUCCAAUAUAGUUGGUUUGGUGAUUUUCCGUCAUGGCUAGAGUAUUCAGAGGAGAAAAGUUGUGUGUAUUGUCUAUAUUGCUUUGUCUCCAAUAACAAAGAGAAUACACGAGGUGGUUCUCAUGUGUUCACGGUACAUGGAUUUGACAGUUGGAAGAGGGUUUGUGGGAAACAUUGUGCAUUCUUGACCCACAUAGGAUCUGGACCAUGCUCACCACACAACAAUGCAGUCACUAGUGGUCAUGCCUUAAUGAAACAACCAUGCCACAUAGAGAAUGUUAUGGCUGUGAGGGACAAGGAGAAGGUGGAAAGAAAUCGUUUGCGGCUGAAAGUCUCAAUUGCGGUUGUUAAGUGGCUUGCAUUCCAAGCUUGUGCUUUUAGAGGGCAUGAUGAGAGACCAGAGUCAAAGAAUCAAGGAAACUUUCUUGAAAUGGUGAAGCUUCUUGCAGAAUUUAAUCCUGAGAUUGCCAAAGUUGUGUUGGGAAAUGCUCCAUACGGCGCAAAAUACACAUCACAUGAUAUCCAGAAUGAGAUCUUGAGUAUAUUUGCAUCUAAAAUCAGGAAGCAUAUUCGUGAGGAAGUUGGAGAUUAUAAGUAUUCUAUUUUAGUGGAUGAAACGUGUGAUGCAUCAAAGAGAGAGCAAAUGGCGUUGGUUCUUAGGUUUGCUGAUAAAGGUGGUAUUUUGCAAGAGAGAUUCUUUGAUUUGAUACAUGUAGCGAACACGAGGUCUUUGACACUGAAAAAUGAGUUGAGCUUUGUUUUGUCAAACAACGGUUUUGAUAUUCAGAACCUUCGAGGACAAGGUUAUGACGGCGCUAGUAAUAUGAGAGGCGAGUUAAAUGGAUUGCAAGCUCUUUUCCUCCACAAAUGCCCAUAUGCUUAUUAUGUCCAUUGUUAUGCCCAUCGCUUGCAACUUGCUCUAGUUGAUGCAUCUAAAGAAGUGGUUCCUAUCUCCCAGUUCUUUCAGAAAUUGAUCUUUAUCAUAAACACGGUUGACUCAUCUUCAAAGCGCCAUGAUGAGCUUCAUCUUGCCCAACUAGUUGAACUAGAAAAUGGAAUCUCUAAUGCUAGCAUCGAGACAGGUCAAGGGGCAAAUCAAAUCCGCUCACUUAAGCGACCAGGAGACACAAGGUGGGGUUCUCAUUUUGGUUCAGUUUAUAGCCUUAUGAAGAUGUUUGGUCCAGUUUGUUCAGUUAUCCAAGAUAUAGCCGCCGAUGGAUCAAUUGGCUCAAUUCGUGCAGAUGCAGACACUUCUUUUGGCUACUUGUCCUCAUUUGAGUUCAUUUUUAUCUUAUGUUUGAUGAAGGAAAUCUUUGAAAUAACAGAAUUGCUUGGCCAAGCUUUACAAAAGAAAUCACAAGAUAUUGUGAAUGUUGUCCGCCUAGUUUCCUCAACAAAACAAUGUCUUCAGGAGUUGAGAUCAGAUGAUGGCUACCAAGUAUUUAUUACUACGGUUGUUGAAUUUUGUGUAAACCAUUCCAUUGACAUUCCAGACUUUGAGGAAACAUACAUCAUGCGUGGUGGUCGUGCUCGUCGUCAACCUGAUCAGUUCACCAAGGAGCAUUACUUUCGAGUGGAAAUUUUCUUCUCAACACUGGACACUCAACUAUUUGAAUUAAGCCGAAGAUUCAAUGAUAAGAUGCUUCCAAGGAUGAUGAUUUGAAAAACAUAUCUACCUUAAUUGAUCUAUGUCGAUGCCUUGUGGAGACAGGAAGACAUACCGUCUACAAUUUGAUUGACAGAUUACUUCGGUUGCUCGUUACCCUUCCAGUUUCUACAGCCAGUGCUGAACGCGCAUUUUCUAGUAUGAAGAUCAUUAAGACAAGAUUGCGCAAUAAGAUGGAAGAUGAGAAUCUGGCUAAUAACUUGUUAGUACACAUAGAGGGUGGAAUUCUGGAGAACUACAGUCAUGAAGAUGCCAUUGCAGAUUUUAUAAGCAC